AUGCAGGAGUCCCAAGGUAUGCAACUUUUUCUCACUCCUCCGCUUGAAGAGCUUGAUCUGGAGCAUAAGGGUUUAAUCGCCGCAUUAUCACUUUUUCUCUGGAAAGAAUAUGUUUUUACGGGCAUUAAACUCACCGAGUGCGAGGGUAAGAGCAGCAUUUCUUGA